UACUGUUGCCAGCAGUCUCCUCGUCUAGGCUACUGCAGCUUCUCUCCUUGUUUCUGAGGUCAGGUAGCAUGUAACUAGUUGACUUCAAGAAGCACGACAGAUGGAUUCUCACGGUCCGCAGACAGCACGUUGCACAAGCUUUUGUUCAUGGUUCCCAUCUCAGUUCGACGCUAGAACAAGCAUCUCCUCAAUUGCUGUACGGUAUGGCCCAACACUUUGCGAUUGUUCCUAGUCUGUUGCCGCAGUUUGCCUUCGCUAUUUCUGGAUCGGCUUUGUCCACAUCCAUUGUUCCGUAACGCUAUGCAGGGCCCAUCCUGUAUAAAAACUCUCGUGGCCAAGCAACCAUGGCUCCUCGCCUCCGCCAACCUCUUGAUUCUGGGAGCAUUGUUGGCCUGUAUUACUACCUUCGUCUGUGACGACGGUCCACCAUACUAUAAUUUCUAAUCCUCGUCACUCACUUUAUACCCACCUGUCCACUGCGGGCUCAAAAAGGCCUCUCAAGCUCACUAUCUCCUCCAAACGCAUAUUACACUACAUCCAAUGGCUUCCCGUGUCGUGUCCAUCACCAUUUUGCAGAACGAGAGACCUCGUAUGUCGCCCACCAAAUAUCUCCAACGCAGCAUCAUUCGUGCUUGGAAGUCCGUCAGCAGGGCUACGCGCAAAUCCUACCGCGCUUCCAUCCUUCCUGAGGACUUUGUCAUCCUCACCAACCGCAGACGCAGCAUCUUCUAUAGCUCUGCUUGAAUAUUUCAUUAGUAUUCCACACAUUCUUAUCGCACAACGGACUUUAUUUACGGACUUUAAUGACGGACACGGAGGGACUAUUUAGGAUCAUUGUAUCGAUAUUUAUCAUUCAUAGUAGUUAGGGAUGUUCAUUCCUCGGAAACUUUGUAUCGCUACACAACGUACCUUAGUAUCAUUGUCUUUAAUGCAUUUUCACAUGGGAGAAGAAUGAAAACUUUCAUUAUUA